CUCUCAUUCAAACCAAGCAACCUCUACUGACCUCGGAUGCUGCCACAUCUGUUGCCAGUGUGACUCAACAGGUGGUGCAGGGGUCGCGUGGUCCAGCCGUAGCCGCCCGCCCGUCGCCUGUCACCCACUCCCGCAGCUGAAUGCGUGUGCUUUCAGAUCAUGGCGAAGCCGAGUGCUGUUGACAGCAACGGCAUGGGUCAGCUGGAAGCGGACGUGACUAACGCGAUAUGGCACGCUUUCGACACGCUCGGCGAUGGCAACUCGGGCAAAGUGGCCAAGUCUCGCCUCAAGGUGUUUACAUCAAGUUUGGGAACAGUCCUUGGUUACACAAGGGCAGAGGCAGCGCUGGAAGAAUACUGCAGCACCCGAGAACUGCAGUUCGAACAGUACAUGGUGUAUUUACUGAAGGAGCUGUUUCAAGGUCUGCCCAGUACUCUUGACCUCAAGACAAUUAAAAAAUACCGGGACCACAUUGAGGAUGUGUGCUGGCUCGUCUGCAAGAAAAAGUACCUCGACCGGGAGUUUGUGGCAUUCCCAGAGAAAUGUGUUGCACAGCUGUUUCGGGUGUUCUGCUUUUUGGGAGAGCUGCGGACGUCUCAGAAGGACAUGACAGAGGUCAUCAUGGUUGCAGAGGAAGUUGAAGAGGUGACAAGCACAUUUGUGAAGGCCUUGGGAAAAGAAUGGGACUCUCAAGAUUUUCGUCAGCUUGCCACUCUGCUCCCCGUUUUCCACUUCCAAUCUUUUCUCGCAUUUCUUGAGACGCGUUACACGGCAGGCUCUGAGCCUUGCGGCCUUGUGGAAGCGUCUGCAGAGGUCUACGACAUCUACGUGGGAGAUGUCAUCAAAAAGGGCUUGCUCAAAAAGAAAAUGUCUACCUUGGGCCUCUGGUGGGAGAUGUACUUUGUGCUACGUCCUCACAGUUUCACCUACUUUGGCACCAAGGAAGGGAGCCGCAAGAGUGGAGAGAUCUGCAUCACGUCACGCACGCGCGCUGAGCCGGUUGGUGACACCUCUGCUAGGAAAGGGCAUCGGUUCAUGGUCACCACGGAUGACAAAGUCGUGGAGCUCUCUGCCUCCGAUUACAAGUCAAAGCUGCAGUGGAUGUCAGCCAUCCAGACAGCAGCGCAGCACUCAUACACGUACCGCUCAUACCAGCGCCACCUGGCUAUCAAGCGCCGGAAUGAGCGGCAGGCCUGUCACACCAGAAAGCAGGAAGAAGAGCGCCAGCGACUGCAGCAUCUCGCUCAGCUUGAGAAGGAGAAAGAGGCUCGACGAAAGGCAGAGGAGCAGCUCAAAAGUGAGCACCAAAAACGACAGGAGUUGGAAGCAGCCCAGCAGGAACUCGAACGCAAGCUCGAGGAAGAGCGGCAGGCCAAGAGGGAUGAAGAGAUUGUGAGGACCCUGCAGUCGAGGAUCCUAGCCGAGGAAUGGGAGAAGCGGGAGCAGCUAGAGCAGGAAAGAGCCGAGCAGCAGAAGCAACUGGAAGAGGAGAGUCAGCGCAGGGAGCACCUCGAGCAGCUGCGCCGCCAGAAAGACCGCGAGAUCAACUCCAUUGCUCAGAAGCUCUCGACACUCAAAACGGAGAAAGUAAUGCUCAACUCGCAGCUUGAGCAAACACAGAAGAAACUUUCGGAGGCAGAAUUCGCAAGCAAGACGCUGGAACGGAGACUACGAAAAGCGAAGAAGAAUCAAUCGCCACUCAAGCGUGCUGUGUCCGUGGAUCUGACAGAUUUCGUGAUGUCGCCAUCCAACAAGGUUUAAUUUGGACAUGCUGUAAGACCUGCCUAAUCCUGUGAAUUGUUUGUUUGUGUUUGCCUCCAGGACUUGCGUCUUGUGACCAGCUCAGAUGUCCUGAGUGAUACAGUGCCAUUAGUAUCGUGUUCCUGUUGCUAAACCUUCUGCCAAAUGCGCAGAUGCUUUUAUGUUGCUCUUAAAGGUGGACCAUACAUGGUGAGAUUUUAGUCAUAACACAAGAUACAUAUAUAUAUACAUAUAUAUAAUUGUGCACGCUGCACUUCAGCGUUGAAUUCGCAGCAUAGUGUUAAUGCAUGUUAAACGUGGGAGAGUGCCUGGCUCUGCCUCACAAAGUGCGACUAAUGCUAGAGUACAAGGCAGCUUCGAGCAUGAAGGCUGUUGGUUUUUAUCACUGCUUUCUUUUGUUGUUGUGUUGACGUACUUUUAAGGCAAGUUCAUUCUACCACGAAAAACAUACUGCCGCUUUCAAUGUCAUUUUCAAGUGCUUCGUUCAUUACCACCUGUCUAGCUUUUCCAACACAACUGGAACGUGAGAGGCUCGUUAAGGGCUUACACUGUUCCAAGUAACAGGAAGUGCUGCGCGUACGCUUGUUGUUUGUUCCUGUAGUGGGGCACCAAUCAGUCACGUCAAACAAAAAUUAAUUACCUUCCAAAAGUCUCUUGGGCAAUAGUGGCAUGCCACUCGCAGCACGUAUCACCCAGAAAGCAUGGUUUUGCUGUAAACAGCACAUGUUAUUUCAUGAAGGGAGCAUUUAUGAUCAUCUGUGAUGGGCAUGUAAAAAAUAAUGCACUGUCUGAAAGUAAUUUUUUAUGGAAUACUUCAUUUGCUACCCAUUGCUGCACUUCAGAACUCUCAUUUUAACCGAACCUUCACCAGCAUAAGAGGCUGUACUACUCACUGCUGUGUACUGGUGUCUUGCACCCAAGCAUGUUUUGCAUGUUAUUAGGAUCAAAGUGCUUAUGUUGGCUGUUGUUGUUUUGACGUUUAACUGUCAUGUGAUAAAUUCAAAGUAUCUACUACUGCGUAAAUGUUUUUCUUGCUUGACAAGUGAGCCUCUGCUCCUUUCCAUAGCUGUCAGCAUGCCACAAGUUAUGGCUAGUUGCUACGAAAGGCGUUACAGAGGCUUUAAUCUCACCUUUUUUAUUUUCUCUGUGCUAAGUAAAGUAGCACAUAUUAGCUCAUUUUUUAUGUGGCGUAUAUACUUUCUGCUGCUCCACUGCUUUGCGUCAUUUUAUCAUCAUGCUUCACUUUGCUGUAAAACUGUGGUACUUUGCCAACCCCAUUUAAUAUUUUACUGUGUACUUGUGAAAGUUGUCAACGAACAAAUACCACAUGAACAAUCAAUGAACAGUUCUUGCAACAGCCGAGUCUCCUUCGAAUCUCCUUCACAAAACUCGGUGAGCAAACACGAGCUUCUGUGCCUUACGGUGUUGCGGACCUAAGCUUGAAGGCCAAGAUAUUGCUCCUGAGCUAAAUGCAAAUUGUUAACGAAAUGUUGUACUACAGGGUCAGAGUUAGGGCAGUUCUUCAGAAAAGCAUGUCUCGAAUGGAGCUUAGGGGUGACUACCUGUGAGUAAUGCUCAAUAACCUCUGGUAAUGCAAGAAAUUGUUGUGGACUUUCGUUUUUUUUUUUUUUUUUCCUUUUGUUACAGAUGCAAAUAGGAAGCUAAGCUUUGCAAUAAGUUUUAUCCACAUUAGUUCCUAAACUGCCAAGCUGAGCGGGAAUGAGUCUUACAUAUGUGUGUUUGGUUAUGCUCACUGAGAUCUGCAUUGUGCUAGCAAAUGUGUUUUAUACAAGAUUGUGUUGGUUGUCCUGCCAACUGAGUUUAAAGUUUUUCAAGCUGCGCCUUUUAAUUUUUUUCUUCUACUUGGUGCAAUGGCUGUGAUAGUCCUUCAUUGUUUUACAGCACAGGGCCUUGUUACGGACUGGUAGCUUUUGCUGUAAGGACUUUGUGUUUUGAAAAAAUGUGUGUGCACACGUAUGCUUCAACUGACGGCAUGUUUUUAUUAGGUGUUCAGGCUGCUGUUUUGUCAUGUUUUACCAGACGUACUUGUUGUUCACUCGGAGAUGUCAAAACUUGAGGUGGCUUUAUACUCUUGCAUAUUGAAAUAAAUUAUUUUGUCAUGAAA